AUGAGAGAACCAGAUAUAUGGGUAGAGGAAUGGCACACGUUGUCGGUGGCGUCAGGCUUAGAGGGUGGUGGCGGCUGGUGGAAGUUUACCUCGGAGUUCACCAUGGGCAGCAUCGUCUACUCUAACAUGAUGCCUCUGGCCCUGGCCUUUCUCUCCGCGUCCUUCCUGGUGUUUCCUCUACAGGAGAGAGAGAGCAGCACAAAGCAGGUACAGGUAAUGACAGGAGCUCCAAUAUGGGCUCUCUGGACGACCACAUUUCUCUGGGACUUCGCCACCUACAUGGCAUCAAUGCUGCUUAUUUUCAUUUGCUUCAUGGCUCUGGACUUCCAUGGCUACUUCACCAGUAACAUAGCUCCAGGUGCGCUGUUUGUGUUGCUGCUGCUGUACGGCUGGGGGAGUAUCCCCAUGGCAUAUGUCUUCAGUUUUCCCUUCCAGACUGCUGCCUCCGGCUUUGCUGUUCUCGCUCUCGUCAACAUUAUUGCCGGUCAGCUGAUGACGGUUGUGGUGUUUGGUCUGCGAGCGGCGAAUCAGAAGACUCUCACUAUUGUCAGUGAUAUCCUCUACUGGAUCACCUCCACUAUCCCCGCCUUCCCUGUGGCCAAUGCAUUUGCUCAUCUGGUGGAUGUGAGUGUCCAUAACAAGAAGUGUGACCAGUUCAAUGAGUCAGUCACAGAGAGACUGUGCAGUGUACUUGCCUUAGUUUCACCGAACAAUUCUUAUAUGGAGUGCUGCAGUGAGUAUCCUUUCAUAAUCCCUGUAUUAAAUUCUGUAGGAUACAAAGACUAUCUCUAA